UCCUUCCACAAAGAAGUCUUGUUCGCAUCAGAGAAAAACGAAUCCCCAAUCGGCCAAUCUCAGUGAGCUCGUGGUUAGGGUUCAAGAGGCCUCGAAGAUGGCGGCGCCGUGGUGGGACUCCGACUGGAAGGAACGCUCGGAGCGUGAGUACCGCUGUUACGUGAGCAACCUCUCGUAUGGCACAAGCGAGGCCUCCCUCAAGGAUGCUUUCUCAAACUACGGUCCCCUCAACUCUGAGAUCGUGGUGGAUCGUGAGACAGGGAGGUCCCGGGGGUUCGGGUUCGUGCAGUUCGAGGACAAGAAAUCGAUGGACAACGCCAUCCAAGACAUGAACGGCCAGGAGGUCGGCGGCCGCAACGUCAGAGUCAGCGAGGCGAAGCAGCGCCCGCGCCGAUGGAGGGCGUGAACGCUGGACGGUGGACACGGUCUGCGGCGUGGACGCGUAUGACGAACAAGUUAUCCUGUCGUUAGGCCUUCUAUUAAUCUCAGUAGCAGUGGUUGUCUCUUAUCGUUCCAAGUUAUCCCCUGGCCUUUGUAGUUAUUGUCAUGAUGUUCUAGUGUUAGUGUUCGUCGUCGUUGGAUUGCUAUAUAUGGAUGUGAGCUCGAUGAGUUAUCAGUCAUCUUGGCGCUUGGUGAUAUGAUACUCGCUACAUCAGAGUUGUCUAA